AUGAAAGAAGUAAAUGAAACAAAACCUCAUCAUAUAACUAAGGACAAUACAGAUUUACUUAAUAUUGGAAAGGAAAAUGUAUUAAAUGACAAAAAGAUGAGUGAACCAAAUAAUUUAACUCAAAAUAAGGAAGAAAAUAAUUUAAUACAUGAUAAAAAGGAUUGUAAUAUAGAAAAAAAUGAUACAAGUAAUGAAUGGAUAAUUUACGUAAAUAAUAAUUCAUAUGGGCCAUAUAAUUUUGAUCAAAUAAUUGAAUUAUGGAAUGAAAAUAGAAUUAAUUUAAUGACACCUAUAUAUAAAAAAGGAGAAAAUAAUUGGAAAUAUAUAUAUAAUGAUAAUAUAUUAAAAAAUUAUAUAUAUAAUAAGAAUAAGGAUGAAAAUAAUUUAAUAAAUUCUCAAAAUAAUUUUAAUUUAAUUAAUGAAAGCAAUGAAAAUAAUUCUAGUGAAUAUUUAAAUAGUAGUUCUAGCAAGAAUUUUAAUAUUAAUAAUAUUAAAGAUAAUAAUAAUAAUAAAAAUGAAAUUUUAAAUGAAAAAAUUACAUCAAACACAUUAGACUUAGAAAAAUUGAGAAAAAAAGAAAAAAAAAAAAAAUAUCUGGAAAGAAAAAAAAAAAAAAUUGAAGAAGGUUUAUGUGAUAGAAAAAUUAAAAAUAGUUCAAUUUAUAUAACUGGAUUACCUAAAGAUGUAACUAAAGAAGAAAUUCAUAAUGUAUUUAAAAAGGCAGGAAUAAUAAAAAUUGAUGCAGAAAGUACUGAACCCAAAAUAAAAAUAUACUACGAUGAAAAUAAUAAUAUAAAAGGAGAUGCACUAAUUACUUAUGUUUAUUCUCAAAGUGUUGAUAUAGCAAUUAAGUAUUUUGAUAAUUUUUAUUUUCGUCAAGAUUGUAUUAUUCAUGUAGAAAAAGCCCAAUUUAAUAAAAAAAAGCAAGUAGCUAAAAUAUCAAAGGAAGAAAUUUUAAAAAAAAAAAAAAAAAUCAAAGCUGCAAAAUAUGAACAAUUAAGGCUACAAAAGUGGGGAGAAUAUUACACUGGAACCAAAAAAAAAAUUGUCAUUUUUAGGAACGUUUUUUCAUAUGAAGAUGCAAUGAAAUAUGAUGAAGGAGAUCCUUUUUAUGAUUUUAUAAAAAAUUUGAUUGAAGCAGAAAUAAAAAAAUAUGUUCCUGUUCAUAAAGUUUACCCAAUACCGAAACAUCCCAAUGGAAUUGUUUGUGUUAAGUUUAAAGGAGUAGAGGAAGCAGAAAUGAUAGUAUCUUGCUUUAAGGAUAUUGUCCUAAAUGAUAAAAAACUAGAAGUAUAUUUUUAUGAUGGGAAGCAAGAUUUGAAAGUUCAGUGUCUAACUGUAGAGAAAAGUGGAAGAUUAAAUACAGAAAGUACUUCUGAAAAUAAGGGUUUGGAUAAGAAUAUUGAUGGUAAUAAUCCUAUUUUAAUGGAUCAAAGUUUGAAGUCUUUUCAUGAAUGGAUUGAUAAUCAAAGUGAAGACGAAGAACAUGAAAUAAUGGUAGAAUAA